UACUAGUAGACCAUUAAAAGAGAGAAAUAGUUCCAAUAUUUCAAUACAAAGGGUUUUAGGUUUGACAGAGCUGCCAUGGAAGAAGAAGCAGGACAAAAUCCUAGGAUACGAGGUAGACAUAUCAAGAAAAGAGCCUUAAAAAACAAAGCCUUAACUGUCUCUUUUGAUGAAAAAGACCUCAAGGAUUUUGUGACUGGUUUUCAUAAAAGAAAGAAGAAGAGGAGAAAAGAAGCGCAAGUGCAAUUGGAAGAAGCCUUGAGAAGGAAACGCAUUGAGGCUCGUAAAAAGAGAAAGGAGGAAAGAGAUUUUGCCAUCUUUGGUGGAGCUGCGCCUGAUUCAGCUGCUGGAAAUGAUGAACCUGUUGAGGAGGACCUUGACGAUGAAGAAGAAGAAGAUGAGCCUAAUGCAACAGUCUCAGGGACUACAACAUAUGACAACGGUGAUGUGCAAGUCAUCGUGACAACAAGUGAGAUCUCUCGUGAAGAAGAAGAAGAAUCCCCAGCUCAAGUGCCACCACCAUCAGCAGUAGCUCAACAUGCUGGAGAAACUAAAAACAGCAAACGGAACAUUCCGGUAAGCAAGAAGAAACCAUUCAAGAAAGCUGCGAAAAAGAGAUCUCGGCCCAAGCCACAGAGUAAGAGAGAUAAGAGGAAAGGUAAAAAGAAGAACAAGAAGCAGUUUUAGCAUUUUUAUUUCUUCAACUUUGGCCCCUUCCUUUUCAAAUGAAAAAAAGAGAGAAAAAUGUCUCAACAUCUAAAACAGAUGCUGCCUCAUCUGUGGCACAUUUUUAUUUAUUGCAAAUGCUGUUAGCAUAUAGUAUUUUAGUAUCUUGCUUAUGUGAUGACUAAUGUUUGUUCACAUAUUAAUCUGGGCAUUUUUCUAAAUGAAUUAUUUGUCUGAGAUUUUUGCA